CACGAGGAAGGAGAAAACUUGUUUAGGAAAAUCCAGAUGAUGAAGUAUGGCGGUUUUUAAAAGUAGAAAUUAAAAACUGUAGUAUCAAUGUGGCUCAGUGGGGCUUUUCAAAACCAAUGUCAGCAAAGUUUAAAAAAAUAUUACUAAUCAAACUAACCUUGUUAAAAAUCCCAACUGGUGGGGCCAGACCAGUUGGCUAUUUACAGAUCUUUACAAAGCAUAAAUUGGGGCUACUGAGGAUAAAUCCAGCUGGUGUUUAGUGGUUACUGGGCUAGUAGCAUUGUAGAUCAUUUUCCCUUAUUCAUUGUGUUUAUUGUUCAUAAAAUAGGUGAUUGCCAGUGUUGAGGAGGGAGGGAAACCCAUUCAAGCCUUAGAUGUGUCACUUGAUGGAAAUAAGCUGGUGAUUGGCAGCUCAGGAAACUGUAUAAAAAUCGUGACGCUUACAUGAACAAGAUCAAGUUAUCAACUGGAAGGCUCAGUUAUAUUUCUAGUUGGCUGCUUGUGUUUAUAAAACUGAAGUUUUUAAUGUUCCCUCAGCAGAAGCAGGCGCCGUUACAACUCGCUGUUUUAUAAAGCUGUGAGAAAUUUAUUCUCUCUUGCUUCGCAAGAGUUAAGUUUUGUAGCAAUUGUCAUUUUAAAAGCCUACGUAUCUGAAGUUCGAAAUCUUCCAGCCCGCUUGUAAAGUUAGAGUAUUUUUAAAAUAAAUAAAUUAAAAUUUAACAAGUCAACGUAUCACAAACGCGCGCGAAAACUUGAAACUAGCGCGUGCGCCAUUGUGCACCUUGGAAUGUGCACGUGAUUAGAACGUGAAUAUGUCUUACCACUGUGACGUAACAAAGCAUUGGUUUGCAUUGCCGGGUUUAUGUUUAGCGCUUUUAGCUCAGGACUCCUUGUUCAUGCCAGCUCUUGACAGGGCGACGGGAAUGUUUUUCAGCUUUUUAAAACUUCGUCAGUCCUUCUAAUGUCGGAUCUAACACAUGGAGAAGGUAAUUUUACACUUAGUGCCUCACUUUGCAACUUUGUUUAAGCAGGAGCCCGGCUCCUGGUUAAAAAAAAAAACACAACAAAAAAAUCACAACUCCAAAAUGAGUGUAAGGCAACCCUUGUACACAAAACAGCUUUAAAACACGUCCAUGGUUUAACAAUACUGCAACAGAUUUGUUACUCCCUAUUCGGAAAGACAUAAUGUAGUCCGUGUUGGUGGCUAGCUGGAACAACCACCAGAGUCUCGGGAAAGUCCUCUUAACAAAAGGGUCAGUGUAAAACCGAGACUGCAGACCGGGGUAAAAUGCAGACUGAGGGUAAAAUGCAGACUGUAGACUUUAAUUGAAAUGUGUAACCAUUUCCAUGAUUGAGAGCUAGCCAUAAACAGCCUAACCGGAGCGUUAUUCAGGCUAGCCGGAGUGCACACUUCCUCUGUACGGUUAACACUUGAUAACGGAAAUAACACGAUAUAUACUUUUAAGGGUUAGGGUCAGUCUGUAGUCCGGUAAGUCUGCAGUCUGCAUUUUACCCCAGAUCUACAGUCUGCACUCCGCAGUCUGCGUUUCACACUGACCCCUUAGCAGAAGGUAAAGUGUUAAAGCGGUAAUCAGGAAUGUUGGACAGUUGGCCAUUUCAUGGUAAGGCCAAUUCUUUAUUUUUAUCUGAUGUUACCCAUUCACAUUUUAUCACAUUUCUUUACAGAACAAUAUGAAUCGGCUUUCACAUCACGACUUCGCUUGGACAGCCUGCAAUCAAUGCCCAGCGGAUCUCGCCCUUAUUUCACAUUCGUCGUUGCCAUGGUACAGUUGUUUAUGCUACUUUGGUCGUGCUCGACAGCAACGUUCGCUGAAAUCGGACUGUCACCAAAGGUUCAUCAGAGAAUAGGCCCUUCAGGAACACAUUUGGUAUCUCUUGGAGCGCUCUUCCCGCCAUGCAUGAGGGAGGACCAUGCUGUAAAUGUAAACCAAGUACAGACUUGGUAUCCACGCCCUGGUAGUGGAGAAAGUCUGGGCUGUUGUGAAGUACCACAUUUCAACAUCGCGGGGACAACAACCGAGGUAGAAUGUCGUGUUCUCUCAAAUGAGACUGCUCAAUGGAGGAACACACGGUGUAGUCAGCGGUCUGCAUCGCAGUCCGCCAUACAGCAUACCAUACGACCUUGUUGUGGGGAGCUCAAUGGGCAGUGUACGCUGACCAGUCCACAGCACUGUUGGUUCAUGAACGGUCGGUUUCAUAUGGACGCUGAGCAUUGCUCACAGGUAGAUUGUCUACGGCAACUUUGCAUUCUGGGAGACCAAUCAGUAGCCGACAGUUGCGUCACACAAGUUUUUCCUCGACGAUGCCAUCAAUGGUGGCGAUUUGUGACGUCAAUCUAUCUGCACCAAGGAAUUCUGGACUGUCUGGUGAUCACCUUCUUGCAAAUAUGGUUAUACUGGGGCCAGGAAAACUCUAUUGGAUGGUUGCGCAUGGCAAUAGUGCAUCAUACCGCUGGUGUGGGCGGACACUUGAUUGGUUCCUUAUUCACAAGACACGACUGGCCUGAGGCCGGAGCGGGUCCCGCUGUGGGUGGAAUUAUGGGCCUGGCACUAGUUGAACACGUGAUACUCUGGCGAACAAUGGAGAAUCCCCUACCCAGGCUCGCUCUGUUGAUCGUCUGCCUGUGUACACUGUUUUCCAUUGGCACACUGCCUCAAGUGAACAACUAUUCCAUGAUAACUGGAAUACUUUACGGCUGUCUAUGCGCUUUGGUACUUUGGAGUCCUAUCGUGUUUCGACGCAAAUUGACUCGAUGUAAAUUCGUUAUUGUCUUUGUGAUAGUGACAAUGCUGUUAUUUAGCAUUGCUUUAUUUUACGGAGUACAACACAUCGAUUUAAACUCCUCUCAUUAUGUAAAUUGCAUACCCUAUGCAGACGGUUUGUGUGAUUAAGAGAGGAUGGCAAAUACAGUGGGUGUAUAUACUAUCACUAAUUCGUUGUUGUCAUUAAAAAUGUUA